CGGGGCCUCUUCCGUCCGGCAGCGCGGGGUCUCGGCGGCUGGAAGAGUAAGAUGGCGUCGCGGAGGGUCCGAGCUGUGUCGCGCGGGCUCCCGCCGCUCUUGCUGCUGCUGCUGCUGCUCGGGCCCCUGCCGGCGGCGGGCCACGGCGGCAAGUACUCGCGGGAGAAGAAUGAGCCCGAGCUGUCGCCGAAGCGCGACCCCGGGGGGGAGUUCCGCAUGGAGAAGCUGAACCAGCUGUGGGAGAAGGCCCGGCGGCUUCAGCUCUCUCCUGUGAAACUCUCCGAGCUCCACGCUGAUCUGAAGAUACAAGAAAGGGACGAGUUCAGCUGGAAGAAACUGAAGGCUGAAGGCUUAGAUGAAGACGGGGAGAAAGAAGCUAAACUUAGACGCAAUCUCAAUGUCAUCCUGGCCAAGUACGGUCUAGACGGGAGGAAGGACGCCCGCAUGGUGACCAGCAAUUUCCUCAGUGACGGCGCCGAGGAGGACAGCCUGGGCGACCCCAGGCUAGAGAAGCUGUGGCACAAGGCAAAGACCUCUGGGAAAUUCUCCAGUGAAGAACUGGACAAGCUAUGGCGGGAGUUUCAGCACCACAAAGAGAAAGUUCAUGAGUACAAUGUCCUGCUGGAGACCCUGAGCAGAACUGACGAAAUUCAGGAGAACAUCAUCAGCCCCUCCGACAUGAGCCUCGUCAAGGAAGAGGUGCUGCACAGCAAGCACACAGAGCUGAAGGACCGCCUGCGGGGUAUCAACCAGGGCUUCGACCGCCUGCGCAAAGUCAGCCACCAGGGCUACGGCGCCGAGUCCGAGUUUGAGGAGCCCCGAGUGAUCGACUUGUGGGACCUGGCCAGGUCUGCCAAUUUUACGGAGAAGGAGCUGGAGUCGUUUCGGGAGGAGCUGAAGCACUUUGAAGCCAAAAUCGAAAAGCAUAACCACUACCAGAAGCAGCUGGAGGUUUCUCACGAAAAGCUGAAGCACGUGGAGAGCUUUGGCGACAGAGAGCACGUCAGCCGGAACAAGGAGAAGUACGCCCUGCUGGAGGAGAAGACCAAAGAGCUGGGUUACAAGGUCAAGAAGCACUUUCAGGACCUGUCCAGCCGCAUUUCAAGAGCUCGCCACAAUGAACUCUGAUGGCCCGGGGAGCCCAGCGUGAGGAGAAGGGAGGCACGAUGCUCAGGGAUUUUCCCAGAGACCAUCCAGUGCUUUGGGGUGGCGUUCACGUGACCAGGACCUCGGAAGGCGUGAUGGGGACUGGCCCAGGGGCCUCAGGAGGGAAGGGUUGCUUCAAGUGCCGCCCGGGCCUGGCAGGGGCCUGCACUGUCGCCCUGGCGGCCCUGAUUGGCCAGCACCCUCCCCUCCAGUAAUGCCGACAGUCGCCUCUGGCCAGAGCGGUAAUUUCCAGCUGCCGACUGAGUGGCGGCCUCUACGCUGCCAGGUGACAGUUUAUGUCAAAUCUUAUAAAUCUGCCCUGGAAAUCCUGUGUGCGGAGUCCUGGAAAUAGACGUGUGUGAAUUGGGGGUCGUUA